CUUUUUAUUAUAUCUCUUUUGCCUAUUAAAGUUCUAACUGCGCUAGCCAAAAUGUUUGUUAAAAUUCUCUCACUUUUUUUUGUGCUUUCACUUGGAGCUUUUGUUGGUGCUAGAAAUUUACCAACUGAAAAUGAUUCUCUUGUUGCCGCAAAUUAUGUGACUACUGAUAACCAAGGCGGAGACAAUAUUGGUGGCAAUGGGGUUGGAAUAGGAGGAUCCAUUCGUGGGGGUGUUAGCGCUGGAAUAGGAGGAAGGUUGGGUAUGGGUGCUGGGCCCAUUAGUGGAGGAGCUGAAGGUAGGGUUGGGAUUGGUGCUGGAGUUGGUGCAGGUGUCGGUGCUGGUGGCAUGGGUGGUGACACUGGUGGCGGAAGCCUUGGCGGUGGAGCAGGCGGCAGCGGCAGCAUUGGCGGUGGAGCAGGUGGCAUCCCUGGCGGUGGAGUAGGUGGCAGCCCUGGUGGCACUGGAGGGCUUGGAGGAGGAGUAGGUGGUAGCGGCAGCGUUGGCGGUGGAGCAGGCGCCAGCGGCAGCAUUGGCGGUGGAGCAGGCGGUAGAGGCAGCGUUGGAGGUGGAGCAGGUGGCAGCCCUGGUGGCACCGGAGGACUUGGAGGAGGAGUAGGUGGUAGCGGCAGCGUUGGUGGUGGGGUAGGCGGUAAUGUUGGCGGUGGAGUAGGUGGCAGUGACGGGCUUGGCGGAGGAUAUGGCGGUGGAUGGCCAUGAAACCAACGUAGAUAGCAGUGGAGUUAAAGCUAUUGUACUAAUAUUACCACUUGCAUGUUAAUUUCAUGUUAUGUUUUAUGAAAUGUGUGAGUAGGAUGUAAUGUAAUGUUGGUUAAUAAAUUGAGAGAACAAAUUCGUGUGUGAUGUCAU